CUCCCCACCCCUUUUUUUCUUUUUGGAAAAUAGGAUGUAUUCCGCGGGGACAGAGAGCUUCCUGCGCCAGGCCAGGGAGAUCCAGGAUGAAGAACUGAGAAAAUUCAUUUCACGAAUCACAGGCUUUCUCCAAAAUCAAGACUUCGGAAAUGAAACUGUUCAUAGCUUGCAAAGACUGUUUUUGAUUGUCUCAGCCACUAAAUAUGGACGGAAGAUAGAUGGCAAAUUUCUGGAACUUCUGCAGACAGUGUUGCAUCUGCCAAAGACUCCUGAGCAAGUCCAGUUUCUUUGUGCUGCCAUCCUGAGAGAGACGUCGCUUUGUAAUGAUUUAUCUGUGUCUUGGGAUAACAUCCAGGACACCAAGCUCCUGAGCCUUGCCUUCUCCAUCGUGCUAGCCCAGGGCAGUAAAAAGGCAGUGGUGGAAGCUUUUGGGCAGCGUGUGGUGAAAUUCCUGGAAGGCAGGCUUCCUGAAGGUCAAAAUGCACGGCACCUUCUCCCCCUCCUGUCAAAAAUCAUCAGCUUUGUACCGAUGAGCCUUAGUGAAGAUCAGAUCAAUCUGCUCAGCAAAAGGAUGGUGGACUGGCUGAGGUAUGCCAGCGUCCAGCAAGGAGCCCCCCAUUCCUCUGGAGGCUUCUUCAACCCUCGAGCAAGACAGCCUGGCCCCAUCAUGGAGGUGGACGGCACGGCCACCACCGACUUCUUCACUGUGCUCUCAGUCGGCCAGUAUUACACAGAGGACCAGUGGUUCAACAUGCAGACUUUCUCCAUGUUGCGGAAGUGGCUGUUGUGCUACGGGAGCAAUGGGGCAAGCAGUCCAAAUUCAGACGAUAAGUCAGAGGUGGACGGCUCGGUCAUGUCCAUGGUCUCCGUCACCUCCACCUCCAGCCGCCUGCUCCCCCCCAAGGAGCGCUUGCGGGAAAAGGCCUUUGAGUACUGCCAGCGGCUUCUAGAGCAAAGCAACCGCCGGGCUCUGAAGAAAGCCGACGGGGAUCUUCAGAAAGCCUGCCUUAUUGAAGCCAUCACCAUCAUGGAUAUCAUUUGCAGACAGGACUCUUCCUACGUCUACCGCUCACUCUCCUGCCUGAAGAACUUGCAUAGCCGGAUCAGCGGGGACCUGUCUUAUGCCAGGGUGCUGCUGCCCAUUGCCCAGUUCUUCCUGAACCACAGUGAGACGGCGGCUGUGGACUCCGAAGCUGUUUACAGGCACCUGUUCACCAAAGUUCCCGCUCAGCUUUUCCACAGCCCGAUGCUGGCCUUUGAGUUUAUCCAGUUCUGCAGGCACAACACCCGGUUCUUCACCGAGAACCUCAGCAUCUUCCGACAGAACUUCCCAAACCUAUUCAAGUUUCUGGCAUGGAACAGCCCAGCCCUUGUUGCCGAUUAUAUGGACCUUCUGCCAGCCCUGCUUGGGACCGACACGGCCGUGGAAGUCUUCCACCUGCUUCUCGACUUGCCUUGUGUGGCAGCGGCGCUGGAUGUCCAGCUGAGGUCUGCCCUGACUCCCCUGCCUGAGAGGACACCUGUGGACUCCGCUGUGAAGCCAGCCACCUGCCUGGAAGCUUACCGCCACCCGGACUACAGAGCCCUCUUCCAGUAUCUCCUUCGGGUCGAGUCGGCUCCUGGAGACCCUGGCAGGUUGACUCCCAUCCGCCAACUUCUGGGAUCCAUGGCCAGUUCCCCUCGCGUGGUGCAGUGUGCGGAGAGCGUCCCUGUCUUACUGCAGCUCUACUUUGGAGUCGUAGCCGAGUUUGCAGAUGGGGCUCUUGCAAACAAGCUGGUCCUGGCAAUCCUGGAGAGGAGUGACCAGCUUUAUGGAAUCCCGGCUUUCAAGGCAGAGGUGUUCAGGGUGAUGAGCUCCCAGCUGUCGGUUCUGUGCAAGCUGCACCCUUCGCUGGUGGUGGAGCUGUCCCAACAGCUUCUGGAGUUUUCGGGAACGGUCACCAACAUUCAGACCAAAGAGGACCUAUACACUGACGUGGUGUGGACCAUUGGCGAGUACGCGUCCGUGUCGCACGACAAGCGGUGCACGGUGGAGCAGAUCAACAGGUUCUUUGAAGUCCUUGAGGCCAUGCUCUUUGAGAUCACUCAGCUGCGGCCCUUGGCCAGCAUCCCCAAAUACUCUCCUCGCGCCAUUGCCGUCCUCAUGACUGCGCUCACCAAGCUGGCAUCUCGCAGCCAGGACUUGAUUCCAAGGGUGUCCCUCUUCCUGUCCAAGAUGCGGACCUUCAUCCAGAACCCGGCCAUCUCCUCCACCUACAGCCCCGAGGACGCCGAGGCCAUCCUGACCCGGGCCACGGAGCUGAUGAACUUGCUGAAGAUGCCCAGUGUGGCUCAGUUUGUCCUGACCCCAUCCCCUGAGGUCUCGAGCCCCCGGUUCCACCGCGACACAAACGUUUCCUUGCCGCUGGCCAUGAAGGCAGCCAGCCAGAUCCUGGAGAGGGGAGCAAGCUCCAUUCCUGGAUGAGUCCUUCAGAUGGAAACGUAUCAUCAAGGGCUGUUGGCUGUGGGGGGCUGC